GAAAUAUUUUUUCUUGCAUAGCCAAAUUUAUUUGUCGUCACUGUCCAAAUUUUUUUCAUUUCAUUUCUUUUUCAAAAAUCUGCCAUGGAAACGCCUUGAAGCCUCUUGCUCCCGCCCGCUCCUUCUCCCUGUCUGUGCAAAAACCAUAGCAAAACCAUUUUCAUGCUAACAUUACUUCUUUAAUUUUUCUAUAUAGACAAAGAUUAAGGAAAAUGGGAUCUGUUGUCCCAUUUCAAGACCUCAAUCUCUCUCCAUCUCCAUCGUCAUCUCCGCCGUCGACCAACGCUGCUGCUGCUGCCGUCCUUCCUCCACCGCCUGCUCUUUUAAUCCCGAAAAUUGAACCGAAACUUGAGCCGCUUGAUAGUCUUGUUGAAACGCCUCAGGAACCUCAAGAUCCAUUAUUUCCCGAUUUUACCCCUAACUUUUUCUCUAAUUCCGAACAUACCCCUCCUUCUCAAUCCUCUGUUCUCUCUUCCUCUGAUGAAGACAAUGUCUACUCCGAAUACCACAGAAUCUCGGAGCUUUUCCGUACUGCGUUUGCAAAACGCUUACAAGAGCAAUACGGUGACGUUUCCGUGUUAGACCCAGAUUCUCGCGCGAUCGUUCCUGUAAAUGAAGACACUACCGUCUCUUCCGUUGUCGUCGCUAAGCCUCAUCGCAAAUACGCUAAGCGCUCAUCGGAGCUCGUCCGUGUCACUGACCUCGGAAUCGAGGACCAACGAUAUUUCCGCGACGUCGUGCGCAGGACACGUAUGCUGUACGACGCACUUCGUAUCAUUUCUGUUUUAGAGGAAGAGAAACGACGUGGUGAGGCCCUCGGCCGCCGUGCCCGAGGCGAUCUCCUUGCUGCUGCCGUUAUGCGUGAACGUGGGCUGUGGCUUAAUCGUGACAAGAGAAUUGUGGGGUCCAUUCCUGGAGUUGAAGUUGGGGAUCUUUUCUUUUUCAGAAUGGAAUUGUGUGUUGUUGGGCUUCACGGACAAGUUCAAGCAGGAAUUGAUUACCUUCCAGCAAGUCAAAGCUCGAAUAGGGAGCCCAUUGCUACGAGUAUUAUUGUUUCGGGUGGUUAUGAAGAUGAUGAGGAUUCUGGUGAAAUGUUGAUAUAUACAGGACAUGGUGGUCAGGAUAAGUUCUCGAAGCAAUGCUCGCACCAGAAGCUUGAAGGAGGGAAUUUGGCGUUGGAGAGGAGUAUGCAUUAUGGGAUUGAGGUAAGAGUGAUUAGAGGGUUUAAAUAUACAGGAAGUUUUACAAAUAAGAUUUAUGUUUAUGAUGGGUUGUAUAAGAUUCAUGAUUGUUGGUUUGAUGUGGGGAAAUCUGGAUUUGGCGUUUAUAAGUACAAGCUAUUGAGGAUGGAUGGGCAACCAGAAAUGGGUAGUUCUAUUUUGAGGUUUGCACAGAGUUUGAAAGCUAAUCCAUUGAGUGUAAGGCCUAGGGGAUAUCUUAGUCUUGAUAUUUCGAAUAAGAAGGAGAAUAUGCCAGUUAUGUUGUUUAAUGAUAUUGAUAACGACCAUGAUCCUCUGUGUUAUGAGUAUUUGGUGAGGACUGUGUUUCCCGCCUUUGCGAUUAAUCAUGGAAGUAACGGGACAGGGUGUGAUUGUGUUUCAGGUUGUACUGACGGUUGUUUUUGUUCGAUGAAGAAUGGUGGGGAGUUUGCUUAUGAUCAGAAUGGGUUCUUGUUGAGAGGAAAGCCGGUGGUAUUUGAAUGUGGAUCUUUUUGUAGGUGCCCUCCGGGCUGCAGGAACCGGGUAACUCAACGGGGGCUGAGAAAUAGAUUGGAAGUGUUUAGGUCAAGGGAAACAGGUUGGGGAGUUAGGUCAAUGGAAUUGAUACAUGCCGGUGCAUUUAUAUGUGAAUAUGCUGGGGUUGUUCUUACAAGAGAGCAAGCACAAGUUUUCACAAUGAAUGGUGAUAGUUUAAUUUAUCCAAAUCGGUUUUCCCAGAAAUGGGCAGAAUGGGGUGAUUUAUCUCAGAUAUAUUCUGAUUAUGUGCGUCCAUCUUAUCCCUCACUUCCACCAUUGGAUUUUGCGAUGGAUGUCUCAAGAAUGCGGAAUGUUGCUUGUUAUAUGAGCCACAGUUCAACUCCAAAUGUGCUGGUGCAAUUUGUUCUGUAUGAUCAUAACAAUUUGAUGUUCCCACAUCUCAUGCUUUUUGCAAUGGAGAACAUUCCUCCAUUGAGGGAGCUCAGCCUUGAUUAUGGUGUGGCUGAUGAAUGGACGGGGAAGCUUUCCAUUUGCAACUGAAUGGGCUUGAAGAGUUGUUGGAAUUUUUGUAUGUAGUGUAGUAGAACAUCCCGAAGACAUGAUGCUAUAAGGUGGAAAUCUUAGUUAUCUUUUGCUGGUUGAGAAUCUGUCACAAUGGUUUUGCCAUGAUUUUCUGACCAGUGUCCUGAGUGUUUUCCGUUGGUAACUAUAAAUAGCCUUCACCCGUUGUAUACACUGCCAUGGUUUAUCUUUCUAUUUUCUUUCGUUAAUCCUAAAGUGCUUAAGGCUCAGAUUUUCAGAAUUUUUUUUUCCUGGUUGGUGUUGGGUGGAGGAGACAACUGAAACUCAAAAUUUUCUGCGGUUAGUCAUAUGGACGCUGCUACUGUGAUAUCACUAACACUUCAGAUCUUUCAUUCCAUUCCUUUAGAUCCAUAGAUCCAGGUUUCAUGCCCACUAAUCGAAUGGGAAUAGUUAACGUAAGGCCUCAAAAGCUUGUGUAUGCAUGACUAUGAACUUUUCUGUACUUAGUAGCUUUGUGUAUAUAAAAAUAUAUAUAUAAAAAUCAAAUUCGAUAAGCUUGUACAAGAAUUUUGAGUGAUGCAAUGUACGGCUAAUGCGGUUAUUGUUACAAUUUCUGAAUUCUUGCUGAA